AUGGCUACAAUAAUUAUCAAGCUUGAUGAAGUGAAAAAUCCAGAUGCGUCGUCCAAGUGUUUAGUGAAGAUUUUGGACAAAUUCUUCGAAUCGCUUAGCAACUGCUCAAUGUCGGAUGAAGCCAAGAAAGAAUCAGAAGACAUAAAAGUCCCGGUUAUGUACGGUAGAAGUGAAGCUGUCGCAAAGGCUUACCGUGGUCCAGUAGUGGAAGUGGUUGAAGGAGCUCGAGAAAGUGCGUUUGUACUGAUAAAACGUCACAAGGCGGUUGGAACACGUAUGGGCAGCGAGGUGGCAAAAAUUCUUGAUGGUCAUAAAGGCAAAGAACAGGAAAUACGGAAAGUGUUACGACGAGAGCUAGGAAUUCGUGAACGGACUCCACCACGCAGUCCGAAAAAGGAGGAACCUGGACACUCAUUGAUGAAAAAAGUUGCCUCCCCCGAAAAAAAAGCCUGCAUCUGGAUGCGAAGGAAGGGUCCGACGAAAAAGGCUGCGUGA